AGAAUUACCACAGUCAGUAUGCAAAGAACACUUGAAGAGUACAGUGUAUCUGACCUUCGCAUAUAGAUCACCUUGUAGUAUGGAAAAGGGUGAAUCAUACGUACAAUACGGAGUGUUGUCGCAGCAAGGAGCGAUAGAAGCUUUAACUAAGCUUAAUGGCAGUCUACAUUGGAAGGAAAAUUGCAAAAUUCUCGACGUUGGCUGUGGACCCGGUAACGUAACUUAUGAUUACAUUCUGCCUAAACUGCCAAGGUCGACUAAGGAAAUUAUUGGUAUCGACAUAUCACCUGAUUACAUUAAAUACGCCGAGUUACAUUAUGGCAAACAUCCGAUUUUCGCGUACAAACUUAUGGAUAUUGUGAAUGGUGAUGUGCCGAAUGAAUAUGAGCAACACUUUGAUUAUGUGGUGUCAUUUUUGUGUUUUCAACAAUUCAGCAACCAUAAGGCAGCCUUUGAGAAAAUCAAAAGAAUGUUGAAAUCAGGCGGAGAGAUGCUAUGUUACUUUCCAACAAGUACCAAAUCUACCGAAUUGUUCACGUUUCUUGCAAAACAACAAAAAUGGAACCAAUACCUAUGUAACUAUGAAAUGCAUUGCAGUCCGUAUAAGGAUUCUGUUGACGUUGAAAGCGACGUUCGGCGUUUUUUAACUGAUAUGCAAUUCAAAAUAGUAUUCUUUAACUAUGAGGAAAGACACUAUGAGUUCAUGGACAAAAAUUUGCCAUCGGCCGUGCGCGCAAUCGCUUAUGAAAGUCUAAAAAUUCCAGAAGACAUGUAUCAACAAUUUCAAGCAGACGCUAUUAAGGCAUUUAGAGAUUUAAAUGUUAUGAAGUUUAAUGAAAACAACGAGGGAUACUAUGACUGCUUUUACAAAUUAGUUACGUUUCAUAUUAUUAAGCAACCCUAAGUUAUAAUAAUUUAAUUUAUGUGCAAGCAAAUUAUAACGCAUGAAAUAUUAAUAGUAUUUAUAAUAA